AUGUCUUCAGAUUUUGGCAAUCCUUUGAACAAAUUCAAGCUCUUAUUUGGCAAGACUUCCCUCAUCACCAGAUUUAUGUACGACAGUUUUGACAACACAUAUCAGGCGACAAUUGGCAUCGAUUUUCUCAGCAAAACAAUGUAUCUUGAGGAGCGUUUUCGAUCUCUUAUUCCUUCCUAUAUUCGUGAUUCUACAGUUGCUGUUGUUGUUUAUGAUAUUACAAACGCCAACUCUUUCCAUCAAACUUCCAAAUGGAUUGACGAUGUUCGCACUGAACGCGGAAGUGACGUUAUUAUUAUGCUUGUUGGAAAUAAGACUGAUUUGACUGAAAAACGCCAUACUCCUCUUAAGGAAAUUUCCAUGACAUCUCCAACAACGCUAUUUUUAUUCGGAUAAAAUAUCACGUCUAAAACAGGAUGCCAAAAAUUUAAAUUUAAAGAACCAGCACAUUCAAU